AUUUUCUAACCAAUAUUUAUAAAUAUCUAUAAGUUUCUAUAUACGUUGGUAGUGAUGCACCUAGCAAAUCGUUCUUUGUAAAAAAUUUAAGAAAAUAACGUUAACAUUAAAGAGUAUUUUAUUGUGUUGUGUUGGUAUCAUUAUAUCGAUGUAAACAUAACCAAAUAAAUGGUCGUUUCACUCGUUUCACUCUUCGCCAAAACAAACAAAAAAUGGCAGACAGCGGGAGUAGUGAUAUUUUGUCACAGUACAGGAGUGUUUCAAAUAAGUUAAAAAAGAGAUUUCUGAGGAAACCAAAUGUUACAGAAGCAAGUAACCAGUUUGGCCAGCUGGCGGCCCGGUGCGAGCGGGAGGACCUGCCCCAGUACGCGGGGCUGUGCUGGAUCGCGGCGGCGCGGUGCGAGGGCUCCCUGGGCAACGCCCCCGGCGAGGCCUGGGACCUGCUGCGGGCCGGGCGCAAGUUCCUGGAGGCGGAGGCGGGCGGCGAGGCGCUGGGCUGCCCCCGUCCCGGCGGGGAGCACCUGCAGGCGGCGGUGAGCUGCUACGCGCACGCGGCGGGCCGCUGGCAGGCGCACCACGCCGCCGAGGGGGCGCAGGCGUCGAGCCCGCUGGCGGCGGGGCUGGCCCUGGAGCUGGGGCAGGCGCUGGCGGAGGGGCUGGGGCGGCCCGAGGAGGCGGCGUCUCAGUUCCGGCGAGCGGCCGACGCCCAGCGCUGCAGCCCGCUCGGCCGGCUGGCCAGCCUCCGGCUCCUCGCCUCCUGCAAGAUGCAGCUGGGUGACUACGACGGGGCGCUCGCCGUGCUGGAGGAGGCGUCCCUGGCGGCGGAGCAGGGCGGCGGGCCGGCCGUAGGGACGUGCCGCGACGCACUGCGCGACUGCGAGGUGACGCGCGUGCUGCUGCUGCUCGUGCUGCAGCCCGUGGCGCGGCGCCUGCCUCCCGACCUGGCCGCCGUGCUGGAGCGCUAUGCCUGGGUGGAGGACGUCUCCGUGCCAGUGAGCUACCUGAGUGAGGACGAGUUCCUCCUGCUGCAGUCCCUGGUGAUGGCGUGCCAGUCGCGCGACGUGGACUCCUUGCGCUCGCUCGAGCCCGACCUCUGGCCGCGCCUCUCGACGGAGCAGCGCGACCUUCUGCGCGCGCUGGUCGUCCGUGUGGGCCGGUCUGCGCGGUGAAGACGGGACGCCCGCCCGAUCGUCCGUCCGUCCCGGGGAUCUCCCGGGUAGGAACGUCACGGCCGCGCUGGUUGAAGUUUGCGACGGGCCGCCGCUCUGCGGCUGACCACACGGCUGUCGGAUCGGAGACAAAACAUUUUGUGGUUUAAUUUGUCAGCUAAAUUUAAUUUUUUAAAUUAUGAAAAAUUUGAUCUAAUUGUUUUUAAAAUCUCGAAAAUUCUUUUUCAUUAUACCUACUCUACCAUUCUACCAUUCAUAUGCUGCAUAUCGAUGGCUUAGAAUGAAAACCCCUUGUAUCUCAUAAAAUGCAAAUUUUUACAGCAGGGACAAAAAAAAAGUUUCAUUUCCCCCCCCCCCCCCCCCCUACUCCCCUUCCCCCCCCCCCUUCACCCUACUGAUAUACGUGGUUUUUAUUUUUUUCCCGAUAGAAAGCAUUAGGAUGCACAUUUUGUUUCUUUCAGCCAAACCAUUUUGUGAGAUACGAGGUUUUCCAGCCGAAAACAUGAAAAAGUAUUUUCGUCAAAAAAUUGAGAUACAAGGUUUUCAUUCUAAGCCAUCGAUAUAUACAAUAAAAUAACUUAUGAGUUUAAUUAUAUUUGUUCAGAACAAUUAAAAAUAAAUCAGCAAGCAUUUGUAGUUCAAAAUAGUUUUUAUAAGAAAUUUAAAAUAAAAAAAAAUAUGUAAAUAUUUUUAAGUGUACAUUUUGUUGCAAACUAGAUCCGAAAAUAAUGACAUUCGUUGAAUUUCGCACAUAAAAAAAUUUAAUAUGUUUUGUACUAUGCUAUUUUGGUUUUAUUGAAAUUAUUGAUGGGUCGAAUACCAAUUUUUUUCAAAUUUGAAUCACAAAUGUUACUUGGAAUAUACCCCUAGAAUCCGAAUCUAUGUCUCAUCAAGGGUCCAGAAUAGAAUAGUGUACACAAAAUCAAAAAAGUAUUACUGUAUUCUUGAGAAGAAGCAUAUCCGCCCUCCAAUCACACACGUUGCUUUCAGUAACACCAUAUUUAUGAGCAACUUGUCAGUUGUUGGCUUGUUACUGCGUGAUUUUGCCACUAUCAUCUUUAGUUAGCAUCGUAACUUCGUCUCAAUCCUUUUGACAUUUUAAAUUGUGAACUCAUAUGCCUCUCUACAGUAUACAUUUCAUAAAAAAAAUUUCACUCUCCUACAAUGCAAACCAAAGCACAGGCGUCCUAACAAAAAAAAAAAAAGGUAAUCACUUCUAAUACUGACCCAAGCGCUAACUAGUAGCUCUGUUAUUUCACAUUUAUGGUCGCAUUGCUGGCGCCGGCUGUUGUCUCGUGCCGUUUCAAAACAUUCUUCUAGCAGCAAAGAUAUAUGUUUGCGAUUAUACUGCGGUCCUCACUUUCAGUUCCAGCAGUUCUGAUAAAAGUCAUCGCAUUAUAUUCAGGUGAAUACGAUACUUGUCUUAUGCACGGGGAAAAUACAAUCAGUAUUAUGUUUGUAUAGAGAAAAUAUAUUAUGUUUUUAUUUUAGUUCAAAUUUAGUAUUUAGAGCAGGAAAUUUUGGUGGUAUUUUUUUGUUAUAUGUAUUCCAUCAAAAUACAAUAAUGUUGAAAUUUUGCAUUUUAUAGUAAAAUAAAUAGUUUAUCACAACAUAUUUUUAAAUCAUAGAACAUGUCAUGAAAGUCCAGUGGGUAGUUGAAGUAACACAAAUUUGUACAGAUGAAUUUUUUGUUAUAUGUAUCAACUUAAAACAAAUACAUUAAUAAUGUGUUUAGUGAGCUGUUGUGUUAAUCAUGAUUCCUUAUGAUUUGGUUGUUAAUAAUUUGAAUUUAAAGUUUUUAAAGUCAGAGGCCAUGUUCAAAUUAUUUAUGUUCCCACCAAACCUGAAUCCUUUACAGCUAGAAGAAAUUUUUUCGUUCAAUUUUUAUCUUUUCCAGCACACCAAAGAUAUAAUGCUUAAUUGUAUUUGACAUACAGUACUUCAGAAACAAGUGCUUCUCAUGAUAUCCACCAAUAAUGCGUUAUCCCUGUUGCCUUAUUCAACUGCAGUAGAACCCUGUUCUAAAAAUGUUUUCAGAGGAGUUUUAUUCAUAAUAUUUUUGCAUCUAUGAAUUUAUGCUUUGCUCAUGAUUUAAGAAAAUAAAUGAAUAAAAUAAGUAUUGUUAGCUGUUUAUAUAUAUCUAUGUUUUAUGAAAUAAAUUUUUUAUUUAUUUGUUUUGAUAA